UUCAAGAGUCAGAUGAUGAUGUUUUCACUUAUGAACCUGAUUCUGCCGAAUUUCUGGAAGACAUCUACACAAUUAUAAAGCAACCAUCCGUUGGACUGGGAAUGGGUGUCACAGUCGACAAGUCUCGUGGGAACACCAUAGCUGAGGGUGUGUCAGUUAAAAGUAUAACUGAAGGAGGAUCUGCUGCUUUGGCAAGAAGUCCAAGGGGAGUGGGGCUAAAACUCGGAGAUCAAAUUAUCGCAGUCAAUGGCACCCACCUCAGAGGAAUGGACCAAGAAGAUGUGAUCAAGAUCUUCAGAGAUCUGCCAAGUUCAACGCAAAAAAAAAUUAGAAGGUCUAAGUUGACUUCCCAGGGAUUGGACUCUACUCAAAGAGCAAACAAGAAAACUGAGCCAGCAAAGAAAUCUGUCCCACAACACCCUACGCCCCUUCCCAAACCUCCGGGGAGUAAGCGAAGGUCGAGUCUUAGGGGAAAGGUAAAACCUGGUACACAGGAAGAGAGGUUCCUGUCAUCUGACAAAACAGAUGAGGUGCCAUCCUCCGAGUGUGUCAAAAAAAAAAAAGAAAGUGAUGCUCCACGUACAGAAUAUGUUGCAGAGAAAAAAGACCAUAAUGGAAUUAUAGUUCCACGGAACACUGACGAACAAGAGAGGAGCACAAAGAAUGAAGAAGAAUUGCGAAGUGCAUCAAAAUCACGAUUUAAAGAACAGAUUAAACCAGUCACAGAUGUCAUAAGCACAGACAAACACUCAACAAAUAAGAAUUCGGAGAAAGUUAAGGACGAAUUGGGGGACAAUUUGAUGAUUCCAUUUGGCUACAGGAAAAUGGAAAUAAGCAUUAAGAAGGGAGCUAACUCCACGCUUGGUCUUUCUUUGGUCCCAAGCUAUGGGAACCUUAAGGGAUACUUCCAGAUUCGCAGACUACAGUCUGGUAUGGUGUGUGCUCAAGAUGGACAACUUCAAACUGGCGAUAAACUUGUGUCAGUUAAUGGCGCAUCCUUGAAGGGUGUCACUCACUCGAUGGCAUUGCAGUUGCUCAAGAAACCAACAGAAGUUGUCACGUUUGUGAUUUUACGGGAAGGAGUAGAUCGUCAGGAGAAAAUAUCAAGUAAAAAAAGUGAAUCCAAGUCUGAUUUAUCAUCUGGUCAAGAUACUACUGUCGUUCAAGAAUGCGGAGUCCACGGUGAGCCAUCAUCGUCGUUAAAGGGAGAAGAGGCAAAAACGUUGCCGUGUGCGGAAAAAGCUGUAUCUCUUGGCGCGUCUCAGCAAAGCAGGGAAUCGGAAAAAUUAGGUAGAAGUGAUGACUCUUAUUUAGGAAGUGAUGAAGAUGUAAACGUUGAAGAGGAUGUUCCAGAACUGCCAUCUUCACCUCCGCCCCCACCAUUACUGGAUGUAGACGAUUUUUUAGAAAGCGAUCUGUCUGUAGCUCCUCCAUCAUUUUCUCCCCCUCCUUCACCAGUUCCAAAAAAAAUUGACUAUGACUUGUCUUUAUCACCCAUUCCCGUUGUUUCUCCACCGCCCGACCUUAGUCCAAGAAUGAAGGAAUUCCUUGAGCAAGACCCUUUCAGAACUGAUCAUCAUGAAAGCAACAGAAUCAAGUCCAUUGAAGUCAACGAGAUCUCACCGGAAUCUAGUUCUAGCAAAAAAAAAGCUUGUUCUCCUGGCAAAGGAACAGGUACGAGUUGGGAUUUUCAGUCUUUGCUUGAUGCUUGCAACGAUUUGAAUUCAGACGAAAAGGAUGAUGAGUUUACAUCUGAACGAACAACUAGCGCGGAGGCAACUUCGUUGUCAGGCAAUUGCAAACCCGGUUUGCCAUCGAAAAAAAUGAAAACAAAGGACACUCAUUCAGAGAAAUUAUUGGAGACGAGCACGGGAUCAAAAAAAGAGGGAAGUGGCUACGAGAAGCGUCUACAAGACCUGGAUUUAGAAAUAUUUUCAGCAAAACCUGAAUUUGGAGUUUGUAAAGGUCCUCCAUCCUCGGUUAAAGGUCACCACACAAAGAACAUCACAACACCAAAUACAACUGAACACAAAAUAGGCGUUGACGUGAAACCAAAAAAAGGUAGAAGAGUAGAGAAUGUUCCAUUUGCUAUUACCUAUCAGAGAAAGUUUAGAAACCUUGGCUUUAAAGUGGACCUAACAAGGGAGAGGAAGGUCAUUGUGUCAGAUGUUAAAAAAAUUGGCUUAGUGGGAAAAGAUGGGAAUAUCAGGGUUGGAGAUGUUCUUUUGUCGAUUAACGACUCCUCCCUAGAAGGAAUGGCCCUUAAAGAUGUCCAAAAUAUGGUCAAGAACUGCCCAAGGGGAGAUGUAAGAAUUGUGGCCCAAGCCGGACCUAAACCACCGAAGCCGACCGAAUACCUUGACGAAACAGUCUCAUUUCAGAAGAAAAAGGGACAACUUGAAGAGAUACCUGACCUAAUCAGCCCAGCAGACCGGGAAGCUCAACCGAGUGUUUUUCCUAGUGUGGCAGCCCAAACACCUUGGGUGGACAUCCCCAAUGAGCUUAUCUCUCUGAAAACAGCAGAAACUUCUGGUGGAACAGUUUCAAACUUACUUUCAUCAAACAUUAUACCAGAUUCAGAAGAAAGUGUUACCUCUAUAACUCUGUCUCAAGAACUUACUGAUGACUUAAUUACAACAGAGGGAUGCGAAGACAGUGAACUGGAAGAAACUGAAUUUGAUGGUCUGCCUCCUUCUGCUCCUCCUCCACCAUUGCCGAGAAAUGACACAGAUGAAGAAAGUUAUUCUGGUGAAGUGCCUGAAAAAAAAGCGGAAGACAUUGGAGAUAACGUACCUUUGAGCCCACCAGCCAAUUUCGAAGACUUUGUUGAUGAAAGUAUUGAAUCUGCGUUAUCUUUCGACCCAGAAGUAGAGGAAGUAAGCACAUUAGCACCACAGCCUCCGCGUCUGUUCAGUGAAGACGCACAGUCACCCUCUUCAAAAAAAAUUCAGAAGAAGGAGAACUUAAAGCAAAAGUCCGAUAUACAAUAUGCUUCACAAGAGAAGCAGAAACGACUUCCUGAGAACUUAAAACAACAGAUACCACCAAUUAAACCCCCUAGAUUGUUUGGAGACAAUGUAAAAGAUGAAAGCAUACAUCAAGAAGUACCCUUAAAGGCCAUGAACUAUUCGUGUGUGGAAGAUGCAGCUGCUUUGGAGUCUCUGCCGUGGAAUGGACUGGAUAAAAGUCCAAUCAAGCCGCCAAGUUUGUUUGAUGACGAGCUAGAAAGUCUCCCAAGCUUACCGAGUGCUCCGCCGCCACCUAAACCAAGAAGACAAUUUAUCAGUCUGGACACAGAUUCCUCGACUUCUUCGUCGCCACUUCAUUCUUGUCGGUUUGAUCGGGAAUCGCCAAGUCAUUCACCAAAUAUUGAAAGCUCGAAUCUUAUGGUAGAAUCUGGAUCAUCAUCCCCUUCCCAUGGACAUACUUCCAUAUUUGGCAUACCAGAUGCAUUUAGUGACGUGCCUAUUCAGCCGCUGGAUGACGUAGAUGAUGACAUGUCAAGCCUUCCUCCUGCCCCUCCACCACCUCGUUGUCCAGUCAACAGGUCAUCUAGCUGGUCUGUCAAAUCUGAUGAGUCGGUUCCAUCGCCACUUGGAGAUGUACAACCUACUCAUAACACCAACCCUCUACCACACCCCGUCAAACCAGAACGAAAGAAUUCAAAGAAAAGGAUAUUACCCUUGCCAAGCAAGUCAAAAAGAGGAAAAAAACCAUCGGAGCAAUCUGGUUCCUCUGGUAGAGGCAAUGGACUCCAUGAAUCACUAGCCCACCCUAUUCAGGUGGAUUUUGUUGCUCCAAUAACGUCAAGUGAUGCCAAUGAAGCCGAUUCAUUGACGCAUGUGGAGCCACCCGAUGAUGACAUGGAAAGCUUACCCCCAGCCCCUCCUCCACCGAGGAUUUCACCCCUCACUGUAGAAAGUUUGGAAAGUUUUGCAGAUGGUUUACAAGUUGUUAACGUUAAAACCAGCCCUGCGCAUUCAGCCCUUGAAGAAGACAGAGCCAUAUCAUCAUCAUCUGUGCAUCCAUCUCAAUCCUCUCCAAAGAAAAAGAAGAAAUCUUUUAGAAGAAAUGUGAUAGAGAUGGAGGCUGAAGGAUUCAUACCUGAAUCUGGAGGCGUGUCAGUUCAUUUUCCUGUUGUACACGAGAGAGACCGCUCAGCAGACGGUUCCUGGAAGCAUCUUGCCCCACUGGAAGAUGACGUUGCCGUCACAGAUUCGUCCGAUGCAAUGUCCCCACCCCCCUUACCUCCGGAAAUGGAGCUUUGGUCAGAGGCCGGAGCAGCAGAAGCAGAGCUUGCUUUACUGGAUCGGAUAUUGACUUUAGAGGACUCGUCACGCUCUGGCAAUGAGCAGGACAGUGAAGGAGGAAGCUCGUCGUCCUGUAAGCCGCCAUCAUUUUUCACGGAAUUGUCAAAUCUGGACACAAAAUCCUCACAAAGUAAGGAAGGAUCAACAGAAAAUACAUAUCAAGAGACCCUUCACCAUUCCAUGAUGUCAACGGAAGGUUUUGGUCAGACCAACAUCGCCUUUUCAUCACAAGAGGAACUUUCUGACACGGACUCUGGAGGAACACCUGAUUUGGAACCCAAAAAAAAUAGCUCCUCGAUCAAUUCGACGGAAGCAAAUGUAGAGUCAAAACUCUAUUCUAAAAAAAUUGACUUGAGAGGGCCAGCACCAAGUAACACACAUUUCAAAUCAAAAGGGAAAAAAAAAAAACAAGUAACUGGAGGUGAAGAUCCGGCUGAGAAUUUCACCAAGCAAAGGAGGCCAGCUCCCCCUAUCCCUGCAAGACCGCCUGCCAAAAGCAAGGCCAGUGGCACACCUCGAAAGUCGCUUCCAGGGGGUAUAGCUGUGCUUCCCUCCAAGCCUGAUGUUAAACCAAAAGCAAUUUCUCCGUCACAAGAACCAACACAGCAACUCAAGAAAGAGCCAGAAAGACUAUCUUCACCAAUGAAAGAGAAGUCCACAAAGAAACUGUUCUCAAGAAGUCAUAAAAGUAAGGACAAAAAAGCUGAUCCCAACCAUCUACAAUCACCUGACACUUCAUUUGACACAAAUCCAAAAAAACAUGAAAGAUCGCGAUCUUGGACCAAGAAACUUUUUGGCUUUCGCAGUAGAAGUAGAAGCAAGAACCGAGAGAAGCCAAAGGAUCGAGAGAACAGGAGUCGAUCUGUAUCAAAAAAAAGAGGAUUGUUUUCCAGAUCAAAGAGGUCCAGUCCGCCUCUUCCUCCACCCACAACAAACAAGGACUUUUUGAGUAAACAAAAGAAAGAGAUUGGGAGAAAUGGCUCGGUUUACGACGACGUUGAAAAGCCAAUUUUCGACGAAACUAAAGUUCUCUCACAGACAUUGCCAUAUACUUUUAAAUUAAGUGAUCCAUCCUCACAGAGGAAAGACUAUGUAGAAAGGCACAAUAACAAAUUUGGUGUGUCAAAAACAAAUGAUGAAGGCAUGAGGCCUGCAGUGGCGACAAAAAAAAAAAAUUUUCAGCAAAGUGAAGAUGGUAGUUCAAUAGAACAAGAUGAAUCUUGCAAAAAAAGCGCGAAUGGCGAGAAUGAUAAUUUGGAUCAUCAUGAGACGGAAUUUGAGAUUGAUAUUCAAGGUGCCAGUUUGUUCACAGACGAUGAUGAUGUAGUGGAAUCUCAUGUUCUUGCUGAUGUGGAUACAUCCCUUGCAAACAGGCCACUUCCGCCAUCUCCCCCGAGACGUGAAAAACAACCGAAUGUAAGCGCCGUGAUAACAGCUGAAUAUGAAGAGCGCAAUGCCGUUAAAGAUAACUUCCCAACGAAAUCUCCUUAUAAACCUCCUGUUCCAAAGAAGCCCACUUUCCUAAAGUCUGGCAGUACUCCUAGUAGACAACAAAAAGACACUAUAGAUGAACUCAAACAGAAAAUCAACAAAGAAAGACUGGGAACGUCACCAUUUAUGACUGGGAAUCUUACCUCUGACACUGAAGAUAACGAAGCCCAGAACAGUGACGUUUUUCCAUCGCCUGAUACACCAGUUUUUAAGGCUAUGCCACCUCCAUUGGCACUACAAGCCAGUUCAAGUCUAGCUGAGAAGGACGACUUUAAUAUAGCGCCACUUUGUCCCAACUCACCAGGCCCUCCUAGAUUCAAACCAAAAAAACCACCUUUAUCUUUGAAGGCAGUUACUGUGCAGGAGAAUGCCACAGGAGAUGAAACAUCAGUUUCUCCGGUAUCCCCGGGCCCUCCUAAUUUUAAGCCAGCACCUCCGCCUAAAAAAACGCUGGUUCCAAAUAAGAACAUCGGUAGUGGAAACGAAGACCUAUCGAGCACAAUUGGUGUUCCCACUGUCAAACCUUUACCUCCAAUUCCUAUUCUCGGUAGGAGUAAAAAAAAAAAGGAUACAUUUCCAACGGAACAGAAUGAUGAAGAAGAUAACUAUGAUAUAGUCGCGCCAGUACUGCACAAUGACGAGCCUCGAAAAACGAAACCGCUACCUCCAAUCCCUACUGACCUGAACGUGAAGAGUACAGCUAACACCCUCGAGCUUACAUUGUCAAGACAGAACGAAAAAAAAGUUGACAAAAAAGAUUUCAACAACCCUGAGAUAUGGGAACAAAACACUGACCCAUUACCUUCACAAAUUCACCUGAAUGAGUACAAUGAUUAUCCACACUUGUCACAAGGGGAAGAACCAGUAGUCACACAGGAUGUCACUCAUGAGGUCAAUGCAUACAAUACGGAUGACUUUGAUAGCUCAGACUUUUCUUCUGAAUGGGAUGAUACUUGUAGUUCAACUCAAGAAUAUUCGGGCCAACUUUUUUCUGGUAAUAAGGUCGCUAGAAGUGCUAGUUUUUCUGCCGGAAAAAAACCAGUUCAGCGUCCCUCUGUUGUUGAUGAGGCGACGAAGCGAUCCACUCCUGAAAAAAAGUGUCCCCCUCCUUUCUUCCGUAGAAGGUCAUCCUCUUUACCUCAGCUUCUUGCCGACUCCCACACGAAUGAAGCGUCAGAAGGAAGAGUUGGGCAGGCGGAUCACUGGCACACUGGAAACCUUCAGCGGCUUAUUGACAGCAGGAACCAGGAGGAGGAUGUUGAUGAAGAAAAAAAGGAGGUGCAGCUUCUUAAAGAACAGAAAUCUAUUGGCUUAAUGGUCGUGGGAGGUCUGGACACCCAUCUAGGCAUGCUGUAUAUAAAAAAUAUUCAGCCCAACUCUCCAGCCGCCAGUUGCAAUCGACUCAGAGUUGGAGACCAGCUGUUACAGGUCAAUGAUAAUUGUCUUGUGGGAGUAACUCAUAAUGAGGCCUUGAACAUUAAAAAAAACACACCACCGCUGGUGAAACUCACUGUGGCAAGGAAGAAGAAUAAUGAAAGAAAAAAAAUUGAACUGGUGGCGGAAGGAAGGCGUGCUCCAGACACUGAAGAACCUAUCGUCUCCUCCGCUCGUGAAUCGAGCACAAUUUCAAAGACUGCGUCAGAUCUGCCCGUGAGCCCACUUCCUGACAGGGGCCAACGCCCCAAGUCAUUGAUUAGCCUCUCGUCUUUCGGAACGUCAUUUAGUAAUGAUCCUUCUCCGGCCUCUCCAUGUGGUUCGUUGGAUGAUUCUGAUGACUACAUCCCCGCCUACCUGGAGCCAGAGAGCCCGACACUGACCCUUCGUCAGGAUGACGUUCCCGUGACCAUUAUUGAUGGUAUUCCUGGUGGGUAUGACUCCACAACAACAGAGGAUGAAGAAGAAGUCAAGCCUGUCAGUAAAAGCGUCAGUUGGGCAGUCAGUAGUGACGACGCUAAGGUGUUUACUGUAGAACUCUUGAAGAAUAGCCGGGCAGGUUUGGGACUGAGUGUCACUGGGGGAGUGGACACAUCUCAUGAAGACAUCAUGGUGCGGCAGAUUCUCUCCAACAGCGUCACAGCUCACAAUGGACAUAUUAAGAAGGGAGAUAUCCUGUUGUCUGUCAAUGGCAAGUCCUUCAAGGGAUUAACAAAUUCAGAAGCCUUAACACUUCUCAAAGACACUCCUGAGCGGGUUACUCUUGUUGUAAGCCGGCCAUUAGGACAUAGACAACAAUCUAAGGCGACGAAUCCUCUUCGAAACAAAAAUCCCAACAAAGAAAAAAAAACUCAUUUUGAUGCUUGGCCUACGAGGGAGGAAUUGACUAAGAAGAAAAACCUAAAAAAAGCAAACAAUGCCACACCGCCAACGUUCGAGAAAAUCCCAUUAGACGUAGCGAAACAAAAUGGAGAACAUUCUACCUUCGAUCGUUUAAAGAAGAGAUUCUUCUCUAACGGUGGGCCCAUAAGACUCCAAAAAUUACCCCAUGGACCCUCUGUGACCGAAGUAACGCUUGAAAAGGGGGCCUCUGGAUUAGGGUUCUCUUUGGGAGGGGGCCAGGAUUCGCUUUAUGGUGAUGCUCCGAUUCAUGUGAGAUAUGUGUUCAAGGAAAGCGUGGCCGGAAGGAGUGGUGCUUUGAAGCCUGGGGACGAAAUUAUUGAAGUGAAUGGACAAAGGGUGGCAUACAUGGCAAAUGUGGACGUUCUUGAGCUGAUCAGAAGAUUGCCGUACGGACCAGUAGUUAUGAAGAUAAGACGGAAAUAACACAAGGCGCGGCUGUUAUUUGUUUAAACAGCUAGCCAAUCAUGGUGCAAAAAAAAUGUGCGCGAACAGAGAGGAAUCCUUUGUUCACAAUGCUGUUUAAUUCAGUGAAAAAAAUAAUCUGGAAUAUCGUAAGCUUGCUUUACCUCGCUUGCUGAUUGGUCUAGAAUCCCCCUUUCAACCUCUCAACCAAUCAGAUUUAAACCUAAAACGGAGUUGGUU